ACCGACCUGGCCCGCAUGGGCUACAAACUAGAAUUGCCUAGAAGUUUGAGCAUGAUGACUNCCUUUGCCAUCAUGGCUGUACCCUUCGGAUUGAGGACCACAUUCUACAUCACUCUCGCAGAUGGUCAGAGCGUGACGAUCUUGUGGGGAUGGUUUCUGGCCGAGUUAUGCGCUGUCUUCCCUACUGCUAGUGGAGUAUACUACUGGGCGGCCAUGCUUUCCACUAAGAAGUAUGCUCGACUGAGUUCUUGGAUUACUGGUUGGCUUACGCUGGUUGGCAACUGGACUGUCAUAACAUCCAUCAACUUCUUAGGGGCCCAACUGAUUCUAACUAGUGUGAUCAUCAUCAUGGUCGUUUUGCUUGUCAUGUCAGACANNUAUAGGAGUGCAGAAUUCGUCCUUGCCCACUACGAUGAANGUGGCAGUGGAUGGCCGAGUGGUUGGGCCUUUUUGGUUAGCCUAUUGCAAGCUNUUCACACACUGACUGACUACGGCAUGGUUGCUGCAAUGUGCGAGAAGGUUCAAAACCCUGCUUGUGAGGUACCUAAAGUAAUUGUCCUCUCUGUGGCUGCUGCGGGUAUUACCGGUAUAUUGUAUUCAAUUCCGAUCCUCUUUGUCUUGCCUGACAUUCAGAUGCUUUUGGAUGUCGCCAAUGGUGAACCCAAAGGUCUUCUCUCCAAGACUGUCACAGGCUCGGCAGCUGGCGGUUUCGGAUUGCUCUUCCUCCUUCUCGGCAAUCUCCUCUUCACCGGCACUGGUGCUCUAACAGCUGCAAGUCGUUGUACUUACGCUUUUGCUCGUGAUGGUGCAAUCCCUGGGUCGCGCGUCUGGUCUCGUGCUGACAAACGCUUCGACAUUCCCCUAUGGGCUUUGGUCUUUUCGACAGUGGUUGAUUGCCUACUGGGCCUGAUCUACUUCGGCAGCACUGCAGGCUUCGACUCAUUCAUAGGAGUAGCCACAAUCUGCCUUUCGACCUCAUACCGAUUACCUAUUUUGGUUAGCGUACUCCGUGGACGCAAAAUGGUCGCCCAUUCCUCCUUCUCUCUGGGCCGUUUCGGAUCGGCAAUCAACGUGCUAACUCUUUGCUGGAUUGCCUUGGCUGUCGUCUUAUUCUGUAUGCCGGUUACGUUGCCAGUCGACCCGAGUUCUAUGAACUAUGCCUCUUGCGUUUUCGCAGGCUUUGCUGCCAUCAGUGUUGUGUGGUAUUUCAUCCGCGGAAACAAAGCAUUUACAAGCCCACCAGUUCCUGCUGAUGUGAGUAUUACAUUAUGA